CUUGGACAUCGCGCACGCGUCGUAGAUAGCUCUUCUUCUUUAGCUUUGCAAUAAAUGAAAGUGGUUCUCGUAACUUCUGCGAUCAAACCGUCUCAAUUUGCAAAGCUCAACAUUAGAUCGUCCUGCGAAGUUCUCUACCGCGGAGCAGACGACUACUACAACCGUCACAGACGCGCAGUCGUUGGGCGAAAAGACCAACGAGCUGGAAAGACACGGAUCUCCAGAUGGAGAGACACUUAACACCAGAGCAAGUUAGUGCUAUACGAGCACAGCACCCGGGAGCCAAUGACACGGAAAUCAUGACGCGUCUGCUCACGACACUGGGGAACACACAGACACAGAACAGCGAGCUACAACAGCAAUUAAACAGACAAGCCCAGCAACUCCAGGCUAUGGACGCCAGGUUAGCCGGAUAUAGCGAACAGAACCGCGUCGGAGGAAGUGGUGGGACGGAUACUAUAACCCCAUCUCCCCCGAUAGCACCCGAUAUGCCACAAUCCCCUCCGAUCGCGAGCACGAAGAGUAUUAUCCCGAAACCUUCUGAAUUCGGCGGAGACCGCAAAGAAUAUAUGGUAUGGAGACGCAAGGUGGAAAACAAGAUGAAGUACGACAGAGACGUCGCAAGGAUGGGAGACGGCGAGCGAGUCGCAUACCUCCAGUUCUUCUUGGUGGGAGAAGCCGCUAAGUAUAUGGAACAUUUCGUCGCUAGAGAAGAAGCUCAAAUGAGGACCCCACAAGUCCCGGACGCGCUCCUCUACUUGGAUAAACGCUAUAAGGACUUGCACGCAGCCUAGAGAGCGAUGACCGAGCUCCAGAGGCUCAGACAAAAUAAUAAGACUUUCCCUGAGUUUAUCGCCGAACUCGAUCGCUUACAAUCCGAAGCGGGAACCGACCUAUGGGAUGAUUCGGCGCGUAUCCAAUUCCUGAAGAACAAGGUUAACUCGGAACUCCAACAAGCUGCAAUUUCCCUCCUAAAUCCCCCGGCGACGUACACGGA